AUGGCUCCAUCUCCCAGGAGAAGCAGUAGGAAAGAUGCCAACGCCUUGCCAAGCAUGUCUUCAACUUUCUGGGCUAUCAUGAUCCUGGCUAGUCUCCUAAUCGCUUACUGCAGUCAACUGGCUGCAGGUACAUGUGAGAUUGUUACUUUGGACAGAGAUAGCAGUCAGCCCCGAAGGACUAUAGCCCGACAAACAGCUCGCUGUGCAUGUAAAAAAGGACAGAUUGCCGGUACAACAAGAGCAAGGCCAGCCUGUGUUGAUGCACGAAUUAUCAAAACAAAACAGUGGUGUGAAAUGCUUCCAUGUUUAGAAGGAGAAGGCUGUGAUUUGCUAAUCAAUAAAUCAGGCUGGACCUGUACGCAACCAGGAGGACGGAUAAAGACAACCACGCUCUUCAAUGCUAUUGACAUGAAUGGAAUGACUCAUGAUUUUGAUUAA